AUGUGGAGCAGCCCCCACACCCAAACGCAGCAAACAGCACACCAGUCGGCGCACCAAACCGCCGCACCCUACACACCAUCUCCCCCCUCUCCAUCGGAAUCGGGCCUGCAAGGUCAGAACGGUGUCUUUGGCCCUCCCACCAUCGCCCGAUCGUAUGGGCGUCCUGUCGUUGUCGAGGGCCCCUACCGCCGCGUCCCCAGUCAACCCCCUCUGCCUGCCUAUCAACCGCCAGCCUGGGAGACAACGAUGAACCCCCCCAUGGCGACCGACUUCCGGGACGAGCUGGCCCGGAUCGAGGGUGUCAUCACUCCUGGUGUCGACAACACGCCCUUUAUCCAGUACGCCAUCGAGGCACUCCACCGAGACCGGGACCGGGACACCGGUUAUUCGGUCGACCCCUCCGGCAGUGGGAGUUCAUCCUCCGGCCUUCUGCUCGCCCCCGGCCAUCGCCCUGAAUCCUACCAACCCAGACCCGCCGAUCAACAACCCCCCCGCCCCUCUUCUCUGCCGUCCCGCCCCGCGGCUGCCCACCCGCAUGCCGAGGACACCCGGACAGAAGCACCGCCUCACCAGCUACCGCGCCCCUUUAUCCCCGGCCCUCGAGAGUCGGCCCAUUCUCUAGCUGAAAGUCUACUAAAAAAGGGGCCACGCCCCGCGCAGCCCCACGAAUGGAGGCCCGUCGAAAUGGACGAGCUCCUCGCCGGCACCGCCGAUGUGCCGCCCCUGACCUUCAGGCCGUGGCCGCUGCGCGCGCCGGCCCUGUUUGUUUUCAUGGCCCUGUGCGUGCUCAUGAUCGGUGCUCUCAUCCUGAGCGCCGUCUACUCGCACCUCCACCAGGGCCUGCUUGAGUGGGCCACCAUCCACGGCGGGCGGUACUUCCUCUUCCGCGUCCUGCCGCAGCUGAUAGCCGCAUGCAUGCUGCUCUAUGCGCAGUUCCUGAUCACAACCAUCUUCAGGAUGCUGCCAUUUGUGAAGCUAGCGUCUGAGGCGCAAGAGGAGCGCGAAGGCGCCCUGUUUCAGGAGAUGUACCCGUCCUUCCUGCGGCCGCGGUUGGUCGGGCCGUGGAACGUCUGGGUCCCUAUCCUCGUCACUUGGCUGAUGAGCUUUACCAUCCCUCUCCAGAGCUCGCUCUUCACCGCUGUCCUGGUCGACCAGAGUUGGAAAUGGGCUACUGUGCAAGGUGUUGCCUGGACCCUGGUGGCACUCUACCUGGCCCUGCUGGCUUCCACUAUCAUCGUCUGGCGUUACUGGGCCAACCUAGAAAAUACCGGUCUCAUCUGGGACCCGCGCUCCCUCGCCGACAUCGCCGCGCUCGUCUCCGAGACCAACACGGCCGACGACUACCUCGGCACCCAGCUAGCGCGCGGGCGCGACGGCAUCCGCUUCGCCCUGCGUCACCGCGCCGCCGACAGGCUGUGCUACUGGACCUGGAAAGACGGCCGCCACGGCGUCUGGCACACGCUCGGCAGCGCCAUGGACGAAGCCAACCCGCUGCUGCCCACCGACCCCACGGGCGGCCAGCGCAUGCAGCGCCACGACGAGAAGCAGCCCUACCGCGACGGCGACGGCGACCACGCCGACGCCGACGCGGACCUCGAAGCCUCCCCGACCAACAACACCAACGCCCACCGCAAAUACCUCCCCUUCGCCCUGCGCACCUCCCCCCUCCUCCUCGCCACCCUCACCGCCGGCGGCGUCCUCCCCUGGGCAUCCCUCACCAGCAACAACACCCCCAACGGCGCCCCCGCCGAACCCUCCCUCCUCGCCGACUACGCCGCCUGCGGUCCCGGCCAAGUCACGCUCCGCGCCCUGCGCAACGGCCACUGGCGCGUCGCCGCCGUCUCCCUCGUCGCCACCCUGUCGGUCCUCAUCCCCGUCCUCGCGGGCGCCAGCUUCAUGGCGCUGACCACGCGCGCGGGCGACGUGCGCAUGUUCGCCAACAUGCCCGCCUUCGGCGUCAUGCUGGGCCUGCUGCUGCUGUAUGUCGCUGCGCUCGCCGCGCUGCUGCCUGCGCGGGGCGGGUUGCGCAUGCCGCAUGGUGUGACGUGUCUGGGGGAGGUGUUGGGGUAUCUGGUGGGCGUGGAGAUGAGGGAGGAGGCGGCGCUGAAGCGGUGUGUCAGUCGGCGGGAGAUGGCGGGGCGGAUGGGGGUGGGGAGGGGAUUGCCGGCGGCGAUGCAGACGCGGUGGGUGUUUGGGUUUGGGGAGGGGGUUGUGGGGAGUGGGGCUGGUGCGGGUGCGGGCGGGGUGGUGGAUGGGGAGUUGGGGGUGAGGAGGGUGAGGCGGUUUACGGAGAAGAGGAAGGUGAGGAAGAGCCAGAUUCGGAGGCCGUUUGUUUGAAGGGGAGGGGGGGGGCGUGGGUUUUUGGGAUGGGAUGGGAUGGGAUGGGAUGAAUGGGAUGAGAUGAAAUGAGGUGAAUGACGUUGAUGGCGGGUUGGGAUGGGUGGUUUCUUAUUUUGCGGCUCUUUUUACAUCUAUGCAUGGCGACGGCGAAUUUGUGUGGCUUACGGGAGUUAUGGGGUGAUGUUUUGAUGCUGUACGAGAUCACGGUUCUGGGCUAUUAAUGUUUUAUCUUGAGAGAGAAAGGGAACUAUAUAUGGAAAUACCAAGACUGUAUUUGACAUUGAAAACAAAGUUCAAU